UGAUUCCCCUAUGCCAGUGACGUCACGUGUGUGUUUUGUGAAGUUCCAGGAGCCCGAGUCUGUUGGCGUGUCCCAACAUCUAACCAACACUGUUUUUGUCGACCGAGCACUGAUCGUGGUCCCGUUUGCCGAAGGUUUGUGUCCUCGCGAAAACCCGCGAAAUAAUCAAAAAUCUACUCAUUUGGUAAUUACGAGUGUGUUCUUGUAAUGGAGAUUUUGGUGUACUGUACCAAUGUAGUUCUCUCAUCCCCAAAAUCCAUAGCCAAAAUUUGAACGGGAACUGGGCUGACUAAUUUCAAACUGUGGGUUUUGAAUUCAAUCAUAUGCAUUUAAGUUCUCCCCUCAUACCGGACUAUCCUCUGUUAAACUUCUCUCUGUCAUUUGUGUGUGCCUGUGUGUGUGUGCGAGUGUGUGUGUGGAUUUGUAGUGAAGAAGUCAAAAGCAGCCCCCUGGUUGAUGGCUGAAAGUGGUCCUCUGCCCGCCAACAGGGGACUGUAAACAUUUGCAAAAGGCCAGGAUGCAUUCAAGCCCCACCCCUCUUAUUUUGUCCUCUGUUGUCUCUCCUUCUCUCUCUCCACUUUCUCUUCUUAAAUUAACCCCCAUCUCUCCUAGGUGCUUUAGAGUGAAGCACCAAUUAAUAUACCAGGUUACAGAAUUGCUUCGUUUGUACUCGUUUUCUCAAAAUGUACAGCUUAAUUCUAGUUUCACUUUCUUUUUGCAAGACUUUUUUUCUUUUUCUUGUUAUGAUGGCCCGAAGAUGACCAUAACGUAAGACAAAAAGUCCUCCCGUGGCGUAUCAAAGUGUAGACAUUAGUAGAUGUAUUGGACGCUUCCAAAAUAACUUGAUUAUGAAUGUGUGAGUGCCAAAAAACACCCUCCAUAAUUAGUUUUAAAUAUAGAUGCUUCCGCUGUACACUUGCUAUGCAGAACAGGUUUAAUGUGAGCAUCCGUAGUUGUUGGGAGCGCUUGCGUAAGAGUCUGCAUCGGAGGCGGCCGUCGACAUGACUCACUGGAUGUUGCUACACUGUGUGACAUUUAACAGUGGUCUUCUUUUUGUUGUUGUGUUUUACAGUUGUUUUUCCCUGGCUCAGCCAGUCCCGCAGGCUGAAACGCUCCUGCAGACAAUACCACCCGACUUAAUUUGUCUCCUGCGGCCAUUUUCUCUCCCCCCCUCUUUCUCUCGCUCUCUCUCUCUCCCCCCCUCUCCAGUGUGCUCGUUUUGUUUACAUGUUGUCGUGUGUGUGUCCACAAUAUCUGUUAAGGGUUUUAGAGCAAUAAGGGGGUGGGGGGCGUUAGUUUGGGGGACUCGUGCAUUUCAAGUCAAAAGUAAGAGUUGCAGGUCAGAGAAUCAUGGCCGAAGCCUAGUUGUAAAGAUGGCCUCGCGAUGUGCCAUGUUUGUCGUGCUUUUUCGAAGACCAGCAUGCAGAUUUUUAGAUGACGUAACAUUUCAGGGUUAUGGACAGAGGGGCCUUGGGAUUCAACUGAGACCUAACUUACGAGUUUCUUCCAAUACAAUCGGUUGGUUCUUUUUCUGUGUUUUGUGGUGGCGGGGAACUCGACGCACACUUCACAACAAGCAUCGAUUUGGCGGCAAGUGAAUUUACUGUCAAGCUAAAUGUGCAACACGUGUAUUACUUUAAGGCCUUUGCUGUAAAUCAUAACGCUUAAUGCGAAGCAAACCAUGCAAAAUGGGAAAGGCUAACCAAUUGGUGUUUCAGUGUUGCAUAACAUUUAAGCAACACGAGUAGAUUGGUGGCACUCACAGGCCUAUAUUCUUUAUCCUCUGUGAAGACCGCACUGAGAACCUGUGACUGUCUCCAAACUUGCUGAACACUCGGAACAAUCUAAAUUUUUAACUUAGUGGCACACUGAGACCCCCUUGUGUUAGCUUUAGGGAGUGCACUGGUUCCUGCUCAUUUUAGGUAAUUGUACGUCCAAAUUGUUUUAUUUUGAAACGGUACAGGUUUCUCAUCACACGGGUGUGUGUGUGUGUGUUUGUUCAAUUGUUGUGCUGCUUAAUGCAAGACCAUCAAAGAAAAAAGUUGAAAAAAAAUGACUGUUUCCCUUGAGUAGUUGUUUAAAAAAAAAAAUGCAAAGACAGGUAAGCAAACCAGAAUGUUACAGCAGGUUGAAGCUGUCAUGUGAUAUUUCACUGUGAUUAUUAUUUUUUUUUCAUUUAUUUAUUUAUGGAGACAUUGUGUCAAGACUUCUUGCCAACCGCCCUAAAAUUCUCUCUGUUGUUUGUAUCUCCGAUUUUUUUCUCUGUGUGUGCUUUUUAGUAGCGAAGGCGCCGUGAGUGAGUCGCUUGUUUGAGUAAACCGUCUAAAUGAAAACUCACUGCCCAUUGGAGAAGAGCUGGGCUUGCUCACGUUUGGUUCAUGACUUAGCAAACACGUUCAGGAUCCAUCCCGGACGAGGCCAAAGCGUUGUCGCUGCUGGCGCCGGCCAAUGCCGUGGCGGGGAUCCUGCCCGGAGGAGGACUUCUCCCCACGCCCAACCCCAUGCCCAACCCCGGUAUGGGCGCAAACCCGUUUGCCGGUCUAAACAUGGAUGCCAUGGCUGCGUUCGGAUUUCCGGGACCCAACAUGAAUCCUCAGGCUGCCGACCAGCUGCUGAAGCUCAUGGCGGAUCCUCAACUCAACCCGCUGGCCGCCGGCUUCAACCUGAGCGCCGGCCUCAAAGCAGACGCCGCCAACAAGGAAAUGGAGGAAGCCAUGAAGAGGGUGCGAGAGGCGCAGUCGCUCAUUUCUGCCGCCAUAGAACCCGGAAAUGAGAGCCGGAAGAAGCGUUCUCGGUCCAGGUCCAGGAGGAGGCGCUCCCGAUCCAGGUCCAGGCGCAGGCGAAGCGGCAGCAGGUCUAGACGGCGCUCGGUCUCUAGAAGCAGGCGACGCUCCAAAAGCCCUCGCAGGAGGCGAAGCCGCUCCAGAGAAAGAGGCAGGCGCUCCAGGACACGAUCCAGCAGAGAGCGUAAGAAGGAAGAAGCGGCAAGGAGAAGGUCCAAGACGCCGCCCAAGAGUUACAGCACCACUCGGAGGUCACGCAGCGUGAGCCGGAGACGCAGGCGCAGUCGCAGCGCCAGUCGCUCCCCUAAAAAGUCGCCCAAGAGGAAGAGCUCCAGAUCCCCGUCUCCUCGCAGACACAAGAAGGAAAAGAAGCGUGACAAGGAGCGAGAGCGCCGCAGCGAAAAAGACCGAGGACGAGAAGAGAGGGAAAGAUCCACCAGCAAGAAGAAGAAGAGCAGGGACAAGGACAAGGACAGAGAGAAGGAUAGGGACAGGGAAAGGAAGUCUGACGCAGGAGAAAAGGGAGACACCAAGAUCACGAGGGAUUACGACGAAGAGGAGCAAGGCUACGACAGCGAGAAGGAGCGUCAGGAGAGGAAGGCGUCCGACUACUCAGAUUCAGACUACCAGCCUCAGUUCGCCGACGGCAAUGGCGACUCGAGACAAGCCAACGGUGACGACGACGAUGAUGACGAUAACGACAAUGCCGAGGCUCACGAGGAUGACAUGGACGUGAGUGACUAAGUGUGCCGUCUCCUGCUCCGUCCCACUCGGUCCAUCCGAAUGUGAAUUGUGAUUCAAAGAAGUAGAAAACAUUGUCCCCGUCGUUAUUUGCCUCCCAUUUCACCCGUCACGCUAGCGCAUCGAUGCUUGUCACAUUUAAACUGGAAGUCCAAGUUGGAAGUGGUUGCUUUUCUUCUCACGUAACGCUACAGUUAACGCAUUCAUUUUGGUAGGCUCUCCCUUGUCCAUGUUAGCGUCUCGUUAUUUGGAAAUGUUUCUUUUAUUAAGGAUUUCUUUUAUAUAAAUAAAAAACCGUUGGGUAAA